GCAGUAACUCCACGGUGGAGGCGAUGAUCAGCAAAUUACUAAUCGUGACGUCACUUCAUCACCUCCUCCGUGCCAAGCCUACAUCAUUAGGACCGGGUGUUAAUUUCGAGACCUGCUGGAAGCUGGAUCAAAUCAUACAGGCAGCGGUUACCUGAGGUGACAUUUUGAUUCGGAAAUUGGAUUAUUGGUGCUUUAUUGUAACUUUAAAGAUGGGAGAAGGAUGCUGUGAACGCUUCAAGAUCUGCAUGGGGCGAAUCCCCUGCGCGAGUUUGAUCGGGUUCAUCUUCUUCAUCCUGGGGGUAACCAUUUACAUCGGCGCGAUACUCUCCGCAUUUGAUAUUGUCACCAAAUACUUUGAAUUUGACUAUGAUUUGAAGAGAAUCGUAGUCCCUUUUUACAUAGUCAUGCUGGCACUUGGCAUUUUCUUCAUCGUCUUCGCAUUCCUGACCACGGGCGAGACCGGCAAGGAACUUUGUCAUAAGGAGUGUUGUAACGUGACCGGAAGGAUCAUCGAGGUUAUCUGCAUAUUCAUCGCUUGGGUAUUGAACGUGGGCUUCCUGAUCGUAUCCGGUGUGACCCUCAUCCCGCUGGUUAUCUUCCUUGUCAUGAAGAUGUCAUGUGAGACUGAAUUCGUCAAGAGCCUCACUGAAUGUGUCAGGCUAAUCCCUAUCGGCCCGAUGUCUUCACAGAACAAUACAAUCUGCGGAGAUAAAGCGAGUGAAUUCUGCAAACAGGCGGACGAGAUCAAAAGCAACAUGAUCGUUGCAUACUUCGGCUCUAUCAUCGUCUGCAUCGGAUUGAUCCAGUUCCUGAUGGCCAUGUCCGCCAACUACGUCCACGUGAAAGACGAUGAAGAUGGCGCCGGCUACGAAGACUUGGACAAACCUAAAACGCCCGCGCCGGCGCCGUAGAGACGCGCCGCUAUGCUGAAUUCAUCAUCCACAACUUUCCCUACCAGCGCUUUUCAAAAUCCACAACUGGUCAAUCAGAACAUAUCAUAAGAUAUUAAUUUAUUUGUUGGUGAUUUUGAAUAAUAUGCACAACGUACUAGUGUCAUAAAGAUUUAUGAUGUAAAUGUCUUAAAUUCAAUGUUAUCAAAUGAAUCGUGUGGUUACAUGUAUGAGAAUGAGAAAUAAAGGCCCUCAUAUGCUA